AUGUCCUUUAACUAUAUUUUAAAUUUACAUGAUAUUGAAUAUGAUGAAUUUAUUGAUGAUUCUGAUGAUGAAAUUGAUAGUGUUAAUGAUAACAAUGGUGGUGAUGGUGAUAAUAAUAACAAGUUGAUUGUUGAUAAAAAAUCAUUUAUGGAUGGUGAAAUUAAUGUGGCAAACAAUAUUGAAAAGGGUUUAAAAGAACUUAUUAAAUUAAUGAAAUCAAAACAAACCUAA